UGCGAAACAUUGCCUUCAAUUAAGGCGCGCGCCACAACUCUGGUAUCACAACUACCUGCGAGUGAACCACCCCGUUGCUGCCUGUGAAAAUAAAUAGAAGAUAACAAAUUGAAAACUACCGAGACUUGAAAGUCCCAUCCAAACAAGAUGAAUCAUCAGCUCUAAUCCACGACAUCGUGAGAUCAGCAACCAUUCUAAAACACCUGUACAAAACCCCUAUUAAGAGAGCCUAUCAAAACCGCAAUGAAUAAAGUGAAAACACUAUUCCACUCCACAUCGCUGGACGGUGCUGCCGUUUCGAACAAAUCCAAAUCGAAUCGGGCCAACAAUAAUGAACGGAUAGAACCGGUGGUCGGGUUUAAGCUAAUACUGGAUCCCGGUUCGAGUACUGGCUGUGAUAACGGUAACGGCGACGAGAGCGGCGGCUCGAACAACGCCAACCAAUCGACGACGGCAGCAGCGAACGAGUCAAAUGCCGCCACCACCUCCGUUCCUGAGCUACAAGUUCAUCUGGUCGGGGCACGCCAUCUGCCGGGCAGCUUCGGGUUGAAAAGUGUCGAAGGCUAUAUGAUCAAGAUCAAGCUUUUUCCCGGGGCAGCAAAGUUCGAUUCGUCCAUUCAGACCGCCUCGUGGCCGAUGUUUGGGGAAACGUUUCGGUUCCCGCUGGCUGCUAGUCAUAAAUCUUCAUUCCGUGUGAAGAAAAAUCAGCCAAAAGAAAAACCAGAUUUGACGAUUCCAGAAAAAGUAUUUAACGGAAAUUUUGUCGUAUUCACAGUAUUUGCUCUCUUGGAAUUACCUCCUGGGUAUACUGCAACCUUCAAGCACAAAACGAUGACCUUCAUACGACAGGGUAGCCAACGGCUGAAGGACAAACCGGUCAUCGGGAAACUAGUCAAAGACGUGGAACCACCAGAGUCAAAGAGUGCCAACUUUGAUCAGAAGCAAAACCUAAAAAAAUUAACCACCAGUGAAAGUCAAAGGAACAUUGGUUCAGUGACGUACUUUCUGGAACCGAAGGCAUUCAAAGAAAUGUGCAAAGGACGUCUAUUUUCAACCGAGGAGAUGUGGUUACCGAUCAAGGACAUCACAGUGACGCAGCCGGCCGAAUCGAGAGUGACGGUAUUCCAAAGCCCAAAGGGACAGGUGGAAGUUACGUUACAACUGUCCGAUUAUACCGAUGUCAAUUUUGACCGAAAACAGUCCGCCGAGGAUCUGUCAUUUAACAUUGAUGGACCGUAUUCACCUACCUCUUCUUCGUGUUCUACCCCGAGUGCUACCAGUCCAGCCUGCGCAUCGCCAAGUCCGAACUCAAGUUCGCGCAAAAAUCGAUUCAGUUUCAAACGUAUGGUAAAGAGUGUUAAAAACAAGGAUAAAAACCACAACGGACUCUGUCUGAAAAUAUCCACCGCCAAGAUUCGCUGUGGAAUCAAGGUCAAAGAAGAGUUCGAAGCGGUAAACGAGAAAAUCUACAUGAAGACGACGGUGCUGGAGCACGAAAUACUAUCGGCAACGUGGAAAUCGGAACCAUUCCGGCCGACGCUCUCCACCCGCUGGAACCAGGAAGAGUGUACCAUUGUCCUACCGCUAAGCAGCGAGCACAGCCUGGACCACGUAUCGAUUCGAGUUGCUCUGGCAGCAAAAAACAAACUAGGCAAAAAAGUAUAUCUAGGACAGUUGUUCCUGGGACCAAACGCACCUAACACCAAUUCCAUCAAGCAGGACCAGUGGCGAAAAAUGGUGGCCUACAAAGGGUCGCCCAUUUCGGCGUGGCAUAGUUUUGAGUAAUUCUAGAGCAGAGCUUUUAAUGUAUUGAUUCGCGUUAGGCAUUUGACUGUUGUGAUGGAAGUUGAAAUCAACAUUUUGUUAUGGAUUUUCUGUGUCAUAAAAUAAA